GUAUAAACAUCAAAACGACGUCACUCCAUCACAGUUAUCAACUUAACAGUUCUCUGUGUAAUCUUACCAUCUGCAUAACAAACUCAAUGUACUCAUCACCAGUGUGUGUGUGUGUGUGAAAAUGUCUCACAAAUGACGUUACUAGCUAUCACUGCUUAAUACUCUCACUAUUUUAAACCUCAACUACAUCUGUAAACCCUAAUUUCUGAUUUCAGACCGCCAAAUACACUCCAAAGAUUUAUAUAACGUGCGAUUCGUCUGUUUUGUGGUUUUGCUUUUAAUGCAUAAUCUUGUGGGGAUCCUUCUUCUGGCUGAAACAAGGAACCAGUUUGCUUUGAACUUUGUUUAAGUGAGGAAGCAAGAAGAUCUUUCAAAUGAAGGGACAUUCCAUCAAGUCCUUAAAAAUGUUGUCGAGCUACACUCUUGAAAAUUUGGACGAUGAUAGUUUGGAGGGUUCAGUGGAUGAGUGUCACAUCUUUAGAGAGGUGUUCUUUGGGCGUGAAAGUGCUCAAAUCAGUAAAAGUUGUCUUGUGACUGGUUCAGUAAGUUUUGAAUAUGACAGAAAGAUCCCUAAAGACAUCUCGUUUUGUUCAGACAGUGACAUUUCAGUUAUGACUAUUCAGGAAGACUUUCAGAAUACAAAGGAAAAUUUUGGACAGGGUGGCAUCUGUGAGGAGUUUGCUUUGUUGACUGGAAAUACCCCUGAUGUUGAAGUGAAGAUAAUGAAGGUGGCACCUGAAGGACAUUCCAUUACUAAACCUUAUCUAGAAAAGGCAGUCGAGUCUUCCAGAAGAUGGGAUGAUGCCUAUUUUACUGAAAUUGACGUGGAUGAGUUGUUUACCCCCCCUGAAGAUAUCACCUCAAAUCCUAGACCUCUUUUACGUUAUCAUACAUUUUGCGUACUCAGAGCAGCAGGAUGGAUUGUUGGUAAGCGUAAGAGAAAAGAUAACUUUAAAUGGGGUGUAGAGUAUAUGUUCAAAACUCCUGAAGGAAAGCUAGUUCGGGAAUUUUAUAAAGCUUGGAACAUGUGCGGGCAAAGAUUAAUUAGUAAUGCAAACUUUAUUGGUGUAUGUAAUGGCAAAUGGUGGACUGGUUUGACUCAGUUCUGGUCUGAUUUUUCUAAUGCAUUGAUCAAGGUUGAAGAACUGAGAACUUCGGGAGAUGUGAUUGCCUUAGCUCAUUGGUGGUCCUUGCUUGAUCCCUUUGCAAAAGUGGUUUUAAUAGAAAAAAGUUUGUCCAAUCUGAAAUUAGGAAAAAAAGUCAAAGUAGAGAGAACGGUGGUCAACCAUUCUGCAAGCUCUAAGAAAUCAGACAGAUGUGAAAAGUCAAUUGAAUAUAAAAAGAGGAAUGAAGGGAAGCGUCGUAUCAAAUAUGAUGAACUGUUACGGUCAGGUAUAUAUAGUAAUCAAUCAACUAAAAAAAGUAAGACUCGUGUUCCAAAAGGUGCCAAGACGUACAAGAGCAAAAAAGGCAGUUGCAGGUUGCUUCCACGCUGUUCUGGAAAGUUGUCUGGGCUUGCUGUAAGAACGGUACUGUGUUGGUUGAUAGAUCUUGGAGUUAUUCGGAUCAAUGAAGCGAUCCAGUAUAGGGACCCACAGGAUGGUUCAGCGGUGAAGAAUGGUGUUGUAACCCGAAAUGGUAUUUUGUGCAAAUGUUGUAAGAAGGUGCUCUCUGUCUCUGAGUUCAAGAAUCAUGCUGGUUAUAACAUGAAACGUCCUUGUUUGAAUCUUUUUAUGGAAUAUGGAAAACCAUUUACUUUAUGCCAACUGGAAGGCUGGUCAACUGAAUACAAACUUAGGAAAAGUGCCACUCGAGCUAUACAUGUGGAGGGAAUUGACGAAUAUGAUGAUAGUUGUGGCCUUUGUGGUGAUGGAGGUGAGCUGAUAUGUUGUGAUAACUGUCCCUCAACAUUUCAUCAAGUAUGUUUGUCUACGCAGGAGCUACCUGAAGGCAGUUGGAAUUGUUCAAUGUGCUGUUGCAGGAGAUGCGGGGAUGUAGUCGUUCGUACUGAGGCUUCAGUCUCUAAUGCUCUGAAAUGUUUGCAGUGCGAGCACAAGUAUCAUAAGGAUUGCGCCAAAGAGAACGGGAUUAAGAGAGAGUUUGUGGGUCCUACCUGGUUCUGUGGAGAAACCUGUGAGAAGAUCCAUACAGGUCUUCACUCCCUGAUUGGAUAUGUGAAUCCAAUCUCUGAGGGUUUUUCGUGGAGCCUUCUGAGGUGUAUUCAUAGUGACCAAAAGGUUCACCCUGGUGAGAAUUUGGCUGCCCUGAAGGCAGAAUGCAAUCUAAAACUAGCUGUGGCUCUAACAAUCAUGGAGGAAUGCUUUCUUCCUAUGGUGGAUACGCGGACUGGCAUCCAUAUGAUACCCCAUGUAGUGUACAAUUGGGGAUCAGAAUUUGCCCGUCUCAACUAUGAGGGUUUCUACACGUUGGUCCUGGAGAAAGAUGACAUUUUACUCUGUGUAGCUUCCUUAAGGAUUCAUGGUGCAAGAGUUGCAGAGUUGCCCCUCAUUGCAACAUGCAGCAGAUAUAGGCGCCAAGGAAUGUGUAGGCGUCUCAUGAAUGCUAUUGAAGAGAUGCUGAAGUAUUUCAAAGUGGAGAUGCUAGUGGUAUCUGCCAUUCCUGACUUAGUUGAGACAUGGACAGAGGGAUUUGGUUUCUCACCCUUGGAAGCUGAUGAAAAGAAAAGCCUGGACAGAAACAACUUCAUGGUGUUCCCAGGAACGGUAUGGCUUAAGAAGCCCAUGUAUCAGGGGUCAACCUUUAUCAAUAAUUGUCAUGGUGCAGUAUUAAAAGCUGAUUCUUCAGAUCCGAAUCGUGAUCUUCAAGAAGUUAGGCAUUCGGUAGAUAUGGUGCCAGUUGACAGCAAUAAAUUUUUGCAAGAUCAUAGAUUUUGUGAUGAUAAGUUGGUAGAAGUAGAUAUAAAGCUUGAGGUUGAAGAAUCGAUCUACAAGAUAGUAGGGGAAGCUCAGCUGGAUCAGUUUGUGAUGUAAAGCCAUCAGCAACAGCAAGAAGUUCCGAUUAGUUUAGCCGUUGGAAAAGCCAACUUGAAGCACAAACAAACAUGGGUGACUAGGUUGUAUACUCAAAAUGUUGCAAGAUACAAGUAAUGCAACUUCAAGAGUUGCCAUAGGUUGGAAUUUUGACCAGGCCUGUCCUACGGCAUCUCCUAAAAUCAUCACCAAACAGUAUUUGAGUUGGCUAAAAUGUGAACAUAAGGUGGUAAUUGAUGAGUUAAACUUAGAAUCUUUAAUGCAAACACACUAGAGUGUAUGAAGUCUCUAGCAGCAUAUAGUGUACAAAAAAACUACUAAAUCAUCUCAUGUUAAAUACAUUAGAUCUUAGUUAUUUUUAAACACGUGAAAGUAUCCAAUUACCUGUGUCAAUGUAUCUUCUAUUUUUUUGUUA